CUUUUUUUUCUUGUCUUCUAUCUGUCGCAUGCUUUCCCAUUUUCUCCAUUGGCACCAAUAGUGGAUCUAACUAAUGGACAACUAACGCCGAACAACAACACGCCGCUACUCACACAGGCACUUUCAGUGAUGAACAACUAUCAAGCAGCAGCUGCAGCAGCCCAUAGCUUUGGACCUUCCGCAUCCCCUCAUACUACCACCACCCGUCAGGGGUUUCCUUCAACCAACUCCCCUGGGCCUACCAUUGAUAUGUACAGCUCGAAUGCAGCCGAUAACGUCGGCUAUGUACAGGCAACCAGUCCACAGCCUUCUGGAUUUCCGAUUGCUGUGAGUCGGGCACCAUUGAACUACAGCCCGAUAUAUUCGUUGAACUUUGCGAUGGCUAACAUAUAAAAUGAAAAAGACUGAUUAACCAACAAAACAUAGACAGAAAAAUUAGCAGUUGCACAAGGUAGGCGAACGCUGAUGCUGAGACA